AUGGGCGACUAUGGCCCCGCUAACCCGGCCUGCUCCUUUCAAUCCCACGCCGUCAACGUCUCCUACUUAAUCGCCUCUUCACUCCCUUCCGUCCUGCCUUCUGCCGGCGGCAAGGGGAGGCGCAUCACCCUCCACAUCCACCCCUCGCCCAUCCGCGUGGCCUACGCAUCCGUGCGGGCCACCCUGCCCUCCAUCCUGGACGACUUCGUCGCGGCCCACGGCCGCCACCCCGAUCUGGUCCUCCACAUCGGCAUCGCAGCGACGCGGCUCUACUAUUCUGUGGAAGCGCUCGCACACAGAGAUGACUACCAGAUCGCGGACGUCGACGGGCGCACGGGCUACGAGGACGGCGAGAAACGGUGGAGGGAGCUGGGGUUGCCCCCGAUACUAACCCCCGGCAGGGCACCGACAGAGGACAAGCCUGCGUCGCGGUCGGAGGGGCCCUGUGCGCCGAAUGAGCGGCUUCUGGAUUCGUGGAGGGGCCUUGUUUCGUCAGAACUGGAUCUGCGGCUUUCGUAUGACCCCGGUCACUACCUGUGUGACUUUAUUUACUAUAGUAGUUUGGCGCUGGCGCAGCAGCAGGGCAGAGAUCGGGGGGGUGUUAUUCCUGCAUGUUCCGCCCGCGGCGGGCGAUGGGGAUGUUGA